GUUUUAAUAUUGUUUAAACUGUUGUCUGCUUCAUGAUUAUGUCGAAAAUGCUGAUGUGAAAAAUUACGUAGCAGUCUAGCAAACAUGCAGACUAUGAAAACAAGGAAACGCGAGAGAAGUCCAAACCAAAACUGUGAUGACUGCCUGCCAAUCUCAAAGAGAAUUACAAGACUCAACAUAAAGGCAACUGGUAGAAACAGCACUGAGGAUGCAGAGAUACAAAGCACUCCUGGAACCAGAAGUUGCCAGAACCAAUGUGAUGUAAACCAGUUACCAUGGACACAGACUCCCCAGCCUGUUGCAGGCAGUUCAGGGGCAAAUAACAACACAAACUUUCUCCCUUGUGGAUCUAGUCAAUGCGGUGGUGGUCAAUAUCAGUGUGACGGAGUGCAACAUCAGAUGAAUAGUGUGCAGGCCUACGCUGCCUUUCAUGAUGUGCCCACAGAUGACUUCGGUGGUUAUAAACCUGACCUGACUUCUUCAGAAAAUCCUCAUUAUUACCAUAUAAAUAGUGUGCUAUAUUUUGCUCAUCUUCAAAAAGCAAGUAGAGAAGGAAUGGAGUUAAAGCAAUGAUUGGGCCAUUUUCAAAUCCAAUACCAGUGAUGGAACAAAUAUGAGUAAAACCUAGUGCUGUAUGAAUAUUGUUUUGUGUUACAAACCUGCGCCCAUGAUAACAGUCUCAAGUCCAAGACUAGACUCGACUCAGAAAGACAUUUUAGAUUACAAAGAAUCAUCUUAAAUUAUUCCAUUUGUUUUACAAAAAUGAAUGUCAGUUUAAAAAAGUAAAUUCAGCGAAAUUUCAUCGUCAAAACAUGACUAACUGUAGAUGGAAGGUUACAAUAAAAUGAAAAUUUGCAGUUUUUCCAGUUGAUCGUGAAUUCAAACUUGAGACUGUAAUCAUGGCCCAUGGACACAGUCACAUAUACCAUGUACUCAGUUGAGUACUUAUACCAAGUUAGGGACCUGUUGUAGGUAUCAUUUGCAAUGUUGGGAGAUUUUGAUUUCAUGUUUUACAUAACAUAUUUUAAACAGUGCAUUCAUGAUACUGGUACGCAAAUAUUAACAUUGUAUCAUUGUAAAAAACAACAACUAUGUAUUGUGAAACAAUUUAAAAAAAAAUGAUAAAUGAACUCAACUUUUUCAUAAUCAAACACUUUUAUAUACCUGUAAAAGCUGGUGUUAUUUUUAUUUUCUCCAUUAUAAUUUUGUAUAAAAACAUUACCGUACACAUUUUCUUUGCCCAUAACAUUUUCUUUAGUCAUAACAUUUGUUUUCAUAAAUUAUUAGUUCUAGUAUUUAUAUUAAAUGAUAGUAUAUAUGUUUCUUGUUCAAUGUUGAGGACUUGUCACCCAUCCUUUUGAUAAGCUUUUGUCAGAUUCCAGUUACAGUAUUGUACUUUGUACUGCAUUUAGUCUUGUGUGCUAUCAUCUUUCUUAAAAACAUAAUUUGCUUUAUGAUAUUGUGUUUCACAUAGCUAAAUAAACCUAUUUUUAGGGCUUCACAUUUUUUGAUGGAUGCCUUAUUAUACACACAUGUAUAGUAAUCUGUUUGUCUGUCUGUCGUUCAACCACAUUCUUCUUAAUAACUUUAAAACCAUCAAAGCUAUACCUUCAAAUACAUGCAUUUGAUAGUAAGAACAACAUGCUCUUUUAUGACAAGUUACACAACUCUAUCAUAUAUUUUUUAUGACCCUUUGUACACUAUCAAUUAAAUUCAGCAAAAUUUACUUUUCACCACAAAUGGAAAAGUUUUGGAAAUAAUUGAAUGAGAUUUGAAGCAUUAACAAUAAACAUAUUACACUGCAAACUUGUGUGUACACUGUAAUACAAGAACCAUAACUCUGUCACCAUUUAUUUGACUUGAAAACAGCUUUAGAUGGAAGUGAAUGAAACCUCAAACAUAAUAUAUGUUGAUUGACAUCGCUCCUUGAUAAAAUGGUUAGUGUACUGCACAUACAAAAGUCGCAUAUUUAUAAAAAUAAACAAAAAAAAACAUUACAGAGAAAUUGAUUUUGGUCUUUGAGCACCAAUUAUUUCAUUGCCUACCGGUAUAUUUGCAUGAAACAUAACUUCAUUGUAUAUAAGAUCUUGGUGUGUGUUUUUUUCAAUACAUACUAUUAAAAUAUCUUUGGGAGAUAAACCUAUCAUUCAGGGCCCUGAUAAAUAUCCUGCAAUGGCUCUAGUUAGAUUAAAGAUAUGUGGAGGGAUCAGGGCCAACUUCCAAACAACAACAAUUGAAGGAGUUUGUCUCUUGUGAUUGACUUUCUGUUCAUGUUUUCUAUUUAAUAGUUAUAGCUGAAUAAAUGUAACUGUUUGUACAAUAUUCUGUUUUACUACUAUUUAUGCUACUGUAUUCUUUCAAUUAGUUAUAGAAGCGAUGCUGUCUUAAGCAUACUACUGAAUGUUGUGGAAGCUAUUUUGUUUGAAUUACUCUUUUGAUGACCUGCUAAUCUUCUCAAAUGUUAUCAAAAAAAGGUUCAUAUGAAUUACCAUAUCCAUCUUUCGUUGUUUCUGGUAUAUCAUACUGUGGUCUUUCUGAAAAGAGUGAAAGGUCAAACAUUUCUUUCAAAAAAAGUUACUUCUACAUGCAUUUCAUACUAUUUUUUUCAGAGUUAAUCUUCAUACAUUGUAUGAUCCAAAUAUUAUGCUUAUACACAUGUGGUCAUUUAGUGUGGGCAAAUCCAUUUAAUACAGUUCUGUCGUUUGUACCCCACAUUAGACAGACGUUUCUUCCUAAGCAGUGUAUAUGAACUGAAGAAUUAUAGAAUCUAUGUAAGCAACAUGAACAUUAGUUUUAUAUGGACAUAGUUUAAGUACCUGUCACCAAAAUGUUUUAAGUUUCUGAUAAUUCCUGACCGGUUUCACCAUGCUUUUCAUUGUACUGAUGUUGAUGCAAGCAUAUGAUGAUAAGUACCUCCGGUAUGCAUAUACUGUUUCAUAUGACUCUGUCACAUAAUGUCAAAAUGAUGUUGAUAUUUUAAGAUUCCUUUACCAUUGCUUGUACUUCUGCUAAUUGGCUUGUCCACACCUUUAUAGCCACAUGUGUAAAUAAUGUCAAUGUCUUUAUGUAAUGAAAAUAUAAUAGUUGAUUGCACAUACUGUUUUAAUUUAUUAAACAAUUUGAAGAAUGG